UCGAUUCUGAUAAGGGGAGUUAUUUGGCUUAGAAGAAUCUCGUAGCAGAAAACAUGGAGGAGCAGAGAGUGCGCAGCAGCAGUAGCAGCUCCAUAUCCUCUUCCCCUCCCCUUCACACGCUAAGACAUGCACGUCGGACGGCGUUCAACCGCGCGUUUGCGGCGGUUUACACCUGUGCAAUCUCAGCACUUCUCUACUACCACGCACUCAAACUCAUCCACUCCGCCACGCUGUCAUCCUCCUUCUUCAUCUCCCUCUCCUUCUUCCUCUCCGACGCUGUCCUCGCCUUCAUGUGGGCUUCCCGGCAGUGUUUCCUCAUGACUAUCGUCUACCGCGACGAAUACCCUGAGAACCUCGAAAGGGUGCUGAAGAAACCAGAUUUUCCGGCGCUGGACGUGUUCAUAUGCACCGCGGAUCCGUACAAGGAGCCGCCGAUGAGAUUGAUCAGCACGGUUUUAGCAGUCAUGGCUUAUGAGUAUCCGACGGAGAAGAUUUCGAUCUAUGUAUCGGACGAUGGGGGAUCGGAGCUGACGCUGUUUGCUUGCAUGGAAGCUGCCAAGUUUGCAACUCACUGGUUACCGUUCUGUAGGAAGAAAAACAUGAUACACAGGAGCCCAGAAGUUUAUUUUGCAUCAAAUCACUCUUGGUGCUCCGAAACUGAGAAGAUUAAGAUACUAUAUGAAAGCAUGAAAACCAGGGUAGAGAAUGUGCUUGAGAGUGGGAAAGUUGGCGAAGAGUAUAUCAAUGAGGAUCUACAGUGUGGAGCUUUAAGCAAAUGGACAGAUGGGAGUUUUACUCGCCAAGAUCAUCCCACUGUCAUUCAGAUCCUAUUAGAAAGUAGCAAAAGCAAAGACACCACAGGCCACUUGACGCCAAACCUCAUCUAUGUCUCUAGGGAAAAGAGGAGGACUUCACCCCACAAUUUCAAGGCCGGUGCCCUCAAUGUCUUGCUUCGAGUGUCGGCUACCAUGAGCAAUGCACCUAUAUUCCUGACCCUAGAUUGUGAUAUGUACCCGAAUGAUCCUCAAACACCUCUUCGUGCAUUGUGUUACCUAUCAGAUUCUAAAAUUCAGUCCCAAUUAGGAUAUGUUCAAUUCCCUCAGAUGUUUCAUGGGAUAAACAAGAAUGACAUUUAUGCUUGUGAAUAUAAACGAAUAUUUCAAACUAAUCCAACGGGAUUGGACGGACUGGUGGGACCUAAUUAUGUCGGAACCGGAUGCUUUUUCAAUCGACGGGCUUUCUUCGGAGGUCCAUCGGCAACAAAUGUGACACCAGAAAUCCCCGAGCUUAGCCCAAACCAUGCCGUGGACAAGAACAUUCAGUCCCAACCAAUUCUGGAAUUGGCACACAAGGUUGCAGCGUGUGAUUAUGAGAACAAGACUCAAUGGGGCUUAGAGAUGGGCUUCAAAUAUGGAUCUUUGAUUGAGGAUUUCUACACUGGUUUUCGGCUAACAUGCGAGGGAUGGAGGUCCGUAUUUUGCAAACCCAAGAGGCCUGCCUUUUUGGGUGAUGCACCCAUCUCCCUCAUCGAUGCUCUGCAACAAUGCCAGCGAUGGAUGAUCGGCGGUCUUCAGGUUGCCUUCUGCAAAUUCCGGCCGAUAACCUUUGGCGUCAGGUCUGUGGGCCCUCUCGUGGGCCUUGCCUACACAAAUUAUUCUUUCUGGUCCUUUUGGUUUGUUCCUCUCACAAUAUAUGCUUUCCUGCCCCAACUAGCUAUUCUCAAUGGGCUCACUAUAUUCCCAAAGUUAUCAGAGCCAUGGUUUUUCUUGUACGUGUUUCUUUUCCUUGGAGCCUAUGGACAAGAUCUCUUUGAAUUUGUAAUAGAGGGAGGAACAGUUCAAAAAUGGUGGAAUAAUCAGAGAAUGUGGAUGAUAAGAGGGCUCUCAUCCUUCAUGUUCGGGUUCCUCGAGUUCUUUCUCACCCGUUUAGGCAUUUCCACCUAUGGCUUCGGGUUGACCAGCAAAGUGGUUGAUGAUGAACAAAGCAAAAGAUACGACCAAGGUAAAUUUGAGUUUGGAGUCUCAUCACCCAUGUUUGUGCCUCUAACAAUGGCGGCGAUAAUCAAUUUGGUCUCCUUUUUUAUGGGACUCAUGCAAGUUAUAAGAGGCAGCAGCAGUGUGGAGGGUCUCUUUCUGCAGAUGUUCAUAGCAGGUUUUGUAGUUUUGAAUUCCCUGCCAAUUUAUGAAGCCAUGGUCUUGAGGAGUGACAAAGGAAGAAUGCCUUUCAAAACUACUAUAAUUUCUACCCUUCUUGCAUUGCUAUUGACAUUUGGAGCUUGGCCCAAUCUUGUGUCACUUCUUGCUAUAAGUACAUUUCUUGCUCUGAAAUGAGUAGAAACUUUGUUGUUUGUAUGUGAUCAUUGUCAAAUUAUGAAUUCGAACUUUUUUGCUA